CUGUCAUCCGAUGCUGGGCGACUUCGACCGCGAUUCCGAAUUCUCGCGCGCCUGUGAUUCGUCCAACCCCUGAAAUCUCCAGACAAAUCUCAUCCGCCCAAUCCGCAGGCAGGCAGUCUGAAGUCUAGCUCUGCAUCUCUUUCCCUUUCUCGAUGCCCUGACCUUUUCUGCUUUUCUAGAGCUCCUUGACUGCCCUUCCGCUGUGAUUCAGCCUUCUUGCGCCUUGGGCUCCCCGCGCAUCGGUCUCUUGCGCAUCUGCGCCAUCUCGCCGUCUCGCCAGGUGUAUCGCCCUCAAUUCUGCCCGUCUAGACCCAGCAGCCAGCAGCCAGCAGCCAGCAGCCGCAAAGAUGCCCGGCCGGACGCUGCCCACCUUCACCCUCGCCGAGGUCCAGUCGCACAACACCAAGAAGUCCUGUUUCGUCACGCUUGGCCAAAAGGUGUACGAUGUAACGGACUUCGUCGACGCGCACCCCGGCGGCUCGGACCUGGUGCUCCAAUACGCUGGCAAGGACGUCGCAGCCAUCCUCCAGGACGCGUCGUCGCACGCGCACUCCGAGGCCGCCUACGAAGUGCUCGACGAUUCGCUCGUCGGGUUCCUCGCCUCGGAAAGCGACAAGUCUACGCCUGCCGCUGAUGGCAAUGGCGCGGCGGUCAACGGCAAUGGCACUGCCAAGGGCGCGAACGGCACCUACGUGCAUCCCAAGACGGGCAUGUCCUGCGAGGAGGAUCUGAGCAGGGACACCGACAUCGUCUCGGACUACAAGACGCACAAGUUCCUCGACCUGAGCCGGCCGCUGUUCCCCCAGGUCUGGAACGGCGGCUUCUCCAAGGAGUUCUACCUGGACCAGGUCCACCGCCCGCGCCACUACAAGGGCGGCCAGUCGGCGCCCCUCUUCGGCAACUUCCUCGAGCCUCUCACCUUGACGCCGUGGUGGGUCGUGCCGCUGCUCUGGCUCCCGCUGGUGACCUACGGCGUCUACCUCGCCAGCAAGGGAUUCUCCAACCCGCUUGGGGAAGUGGCCUGCCUCGUCGGGGGCGUGUUUUUGUGGACCCUGGUCGAGUAUCUCCUGCACCGCUUCCUGUUCCACAUCGAUUACUACCUCCCUGAUAACCGCGUGGGCAUCACGGUGCACUUCGCCCUCCACGGCAUCCACCACUACCUGCCCAUGGACAAGUACCGGCUGGUGAUGCCGCCCGCGCUGUUCAUCGUGCUGGCCACGCCCUUCUGGAAGCUGGCCCACGUCAUCUUCUUCUGGAACUGGCACAUCGCCACGGCCGUCUACUGCGGCGGCGUCUUUGGCUACAUCUGCUACGACAUGACGCACUACUUCCUCCACCACCAGAACCUCCCGCUGUGGUGGAAGCAGCUCAAGAAGUACCACCUGGAGCAUCACUUCCUCGACUACGAGAACGGCUUUGGCGUCACGAGCCCCUUCUGGGACAUCGUCUUUGGCACGGAGCUGGUGCCGCGGACCAAGAAGAACUAGACCGGGAGGCAGUAUGAGUUAAUGAUUUGGAGAUGGGCGAGGUAUAUAC